AUGAUCAGGCAAAUGCUCAAUAGCAAGGAUGUCAAGAUUGAUUUCUGCAAGUCUGAUAAUGCGUUCUUGGUUUCAAAGAAUCAAAACUUGAAUGAACAGGGUAAACAUAGUCACUUGAAAUUUGCUAGUGUGUUUACAAACAAAUACAUCUUUGAUAAGCUUGUUGAUUAUAAUACGAUUAAAGCAGAUCAUGAUGCCAAAAGUGGACAAAUAGUGAUUACUAUUCCGAAUUUGGAAAAAGACGAUGAGAAUUUGGUGAAUGUUCCAUUGAAUCACAAAUUUAAUGAAGGAGGAGAGUAG